AUUUGUUACUAGCCUGGCAGUCAAUAAUUUAUUAAACGACCAAAAUGAAAAGUACAUUUCUUGUGUAAGUAUAAGUCUUCCUUAAGGCAAUUUAAAUCGUCCGGAUUAAAAUCUGUUUGUAUUUGAGACCUGGGGAUGGGGUUGCUAAUGAUCAUGUGCAGUGAUAUCGAUUAUAACAUAUAAUAUCUUCGGUGAAAAUGGAGUAAUCAUACAGUUUGAGAUAUUUACUGCAAGAUCGUUAGUGAAAGUCUUGUUCGAUAACUUUUUUGGCUUUCGAAAUGUUCAAGCUAUAUAAAAGGCACACCGUGCAUCCAAUUUCGCCAGAAAAGAAGAAUGACCGAUCCAGCAAAGGACCCCACGAGUCCUGGGGUACCCCGGAUACGACCCCGAUCCGUAAUGUUAUAAAAAGGACGACAUCCAAACAAGAACUCUACAAUGAACUGAGGAGUAACAUAAAGGAUUUAGACCAAAACAGGAGGUCACUGUUCCCAACACAACAACUGAGAUUAUUCAACAAUUCCCCCAAAAAAGUGGCUAUACAGGAGUGUAUUACUGAACUGGAAGAAAUUCAGAGUCCUCAGACGGAAUGCGAUAAAAGUUUAUGCGAGGUGCCGAACAGGACGCUUCAAGUCAUAGAGACACCACAAAGCCCAGUACCAUCGUCUCCAUCAAGAGAGAAGAAAUGCAAGGGCUUGAGGUUACCGGCUUUACUGGACCCAUUCGUGCCCAUAGAUCCACAGGGUCGAGCUUACAUAUCUUGGCUUCUCCUGGUGACGUUCUGCUACAGCUACAACGCGUGGUGUGUCGCACUCCGCGCUACCUUCCCUUAUCAGACCCCCGAGAACACUCCCGUAUGGAUGAUGGUGGACUACCUCUGCGACGCGGUGUACAUGUUGGACCUGGUGCUGGUCAAGCCACGGCUUAUGUUCCUCAACGAAGGCUUCUGGGUGGACGACCCAGUUGAGACCAGGAAGAAUUACCGCAAAAAAUUGCAAUACAAGUUCGACGUGAUAUCGCUCCUGCCGCUGGACAUAUUGUACAUAUAUUACGGUCCACAAAAAGUCAUUCUCCGUCUGCCGAGGGUGCUGAAGCUGCAGACGUUUUGGGAGUUCCACCAGGCGAUGGACCGGGUUUUGUCAUCCCCUUACAUUGUUCGCAUCGGCAAGACUCUGUUCUAUAUCUUCUACUUGAUACAUCUGAACGCCUGCGCCUAUUACGCCAUGAGCGACUACAUUGGGCUCGCCUCCAACGGCUGGGUCUACGACAACCAGGGCAACGCUUACAUACGCUGCUUCUACUUCGCCACCAAAACAGCGACCUCCAUCGGUAAAAAUCCGAAACCCGAAAACACUAUGGAGUUUCUGUACAUGACGGCGGCCUGGCUCAUGGGUGUGUUUGUCUUCGCUUUGCUGAUAGGCCAGAUCAGGGACAUCAUAGCCACAGCGACCAGAGCCAGGUCAGAGUAUCGUAAGACGGUGGACGGCUGUACCCGGUACCUGCGGCGUCUGAACAUGCCGCUACCGCUGCAAAGACGCGUCACCUGCUGGUUCACCUACACCUGGAAUCAGCAGCGCUGCUUCGACGAACCCAGCAUUCUGAACUCGCUUCCUUACAAUAUGAAACGCGACGUGGCGCUGGAGGUCCACAUCAACAUACUGAGCAAGGUGCAGCUGUUCCGCGACUGCUCGUCCUCGCUGCUCCGGGACCUGGUGCUGCAGCUGCGCCCGGUGUCCUGCCUGCCGGGCGACGUGCUGGUGAGGCGCGGAGACGUCGGCCACCACAUGUACAUCGUCAAGUGCGGGGAGUGCUACGUGAUGUCUCCGGGGGAGAACGAGGUCCUCGCCACGCUCCGAGCCGGCUCCGUGUUCGGCGAGAUCAGUCUGCUGGGGAUCGACGGGCUGCGGCGAAGAACGGCUACCGUGAGGUCCCGCGGCUACUCGAGUCUGUUCGCGCUGUCGAGGAGCGACCUGGACGCGGCGCUGAAGUACCACAAGGAGGCGGCGCAGAUACUGAGGAUCAGAGCCGACCAGAUCAUACGGGAGAACGCGGCCAGGCUCGCCGACAAGAGGCUGGAGCAGAGGAUGGAGGCCAAGAGGAGCGAGGAGGGGAGGAGGAGGAGCCUGGCCAGCGGAGGCGGCAGCGGAGGGGGCAGGGGCAGGAGCGGCCGCGCCAGGAGGAGACUGUCCGCCGUCUCCGAGUCCAAGUUAUUAACUGCAAUGGGUCGAGGGAAGGAGCCGGAGCAGAUGACGAGCAACCCGGUGGAGGCGAAGAAACAUAGAGACGAAGCAAACGGGCAUUUCAAGAAUGGGAACUACGGACGAGCUCUGACGUCAUUAGAUAAGGCUAUAGAACUAGCUCCAGACGAAAAGGCCGCCUUUGUUUCCCGCAGCAAAUGCUAUUUACUUCUUGGGGAGCCUCGGAAAGCUUUAGAAGAUGCAGAAACAGCGCUCAAACUCGAUCCCAAGCACGCCAAGGCCCUCCUUCAAAAAGCCGAAGCCCUAUACUACUGUGGGGAGUUUGAAAUGAGCUUAGUCCAUUACCACCGAGGACUGAGAGCGAGGCCAGAUUUAAAUGAAUUUAGACUAGGAGUACAGAAGGCGCAGGAAGCUAUCGAAAAUACCAUUGGGGCUGUCAAACCAGUGAAAAAGACAUCAAAACGGUCUACUUCAAAAUCAUCCCGACCUGUUUUAGGUCAGUUGAUGUCGGACAAGAUUUAUCUUGAGAAUUUACUCAAAAACCCAGAUCUGGCGAUAGCUGACAAAAAGAAUAGUAUAGUUAUGAAACAAGCAGAAGAAGCGAUACGUUUCUUAGAAAAUAGAGAAGAAUUUUGGCGCCAACAACAAACUGCUGGCCGGCAUUAAGCGUGCAACUUAUAUUCCAAAAUCAUUAUUAAUUUAGUGUAAGUCAUAAUAUAGUUAAGUUGAAUGUGGAAAUUAA